CCUCCGCCAUUUUUUGUCCCCUUUCAGACUGUUUUGGUCUUUUCGGUGUUAGCAACGGAAACAGCCCGAGACAGUACUCAAAUCAGUUCAGAUUUAAAAAAUAUUUCGAUAGGAUUAACGCAGGAAGUUGGCAAAAGGUUCAACGCCCGUAGUUAAUUCAGGAGAACCGUUUUCACGUGUUGUCCUGUUUUAAAGUCGCGUUUUCCAUCUUGUUUUAAAACACUUGUACAGGUAGCUUGUUAGCCUAGCAUCUUCCUUCAAGACUGAGGCACGUUGACAUUAGCCUGCUAGCCCCCAACCUGAGACCAGGACGGCGGCGGCUAACCCAGCCCAACCAACCCCACAGACAUCGUCUCACCGUCGUCGAGUGAAUUUGCGGUGCCUAGCUGGUCUUUUUCACACGCCGUCUUUUAUGGGCUCGCCAUGUCAAUGAAGGCCGGUGGAAAUCGCAGCAAGGCCGGCGGUGGCAACGCCGCUGGUGCCGGAGGAAGCGGCGGGGGACGGCAGAAUCUGGGCAGGGGAAGACACAGUGGUAAAGCUCCUGCAGCAGUCAUUUUCAGUGGAGUGUAUGGAAACAUGAGGAUGGUCCACGUCUUGACGUCAGUUGUGGGGACCAAGUGUGAACUAAAGGUGAAAAAUGGAGCCAUCUAUGAAGGAGUGUUCAAAACCUAUGGUCCAGAGUGCGAUCUGGUGUUGGACGCAGCCCACAGGAAGAGCCCAGAGCCAAGUGUGGGCCCCAAGAAAGAGGACAUUGUGGAGAGCAUUGUUUUCAGGGCGUCCGAUGUGGUCACUGUCUCUUUCAAGGACGUUGACCUUAACUUUGCCAGGAAAGUUUCCUCAGACACAGAGCAUAAAGGUGUAUCCUUGCGUGUCUCCGAUAACUUCACUGACGCCGCAGUGAGUGGCAGGAUUAACGGCGAGCACAAAGAGAAAGAUCUCGAACCGUGGGAUGGCGGUGAGACCCACAAUUCUGACAGUCUUGAGUCUCUUGACAAUGAUGUGUCGAACGGGUGGGACCCCAAUGAUAUGUUCAAGUACAACGAGGAGAAAUAUGGUGUCUUGUCUACAUAUGACAGCAGCCUGUCCACUUAUACGGUUCCCCUUGAACGUGACAACUCUGAGGAGUUCCUCAAGAGGGAAGCACGGGCUGCUCAGCUGGCUGAGGAGAUAGAAGCCAGCUCCACAUAUAAGGCCCGUGUGGCCCUAGAGAACGACGAGCGCUCAGAGGAGGACAAAUUCACUGCGGUCGUGCGAGGUGAAAGAGAGAUGCACACAUUGAGCAGAGAGAACAAGUACAUUCCCCCAGGUCAGAGAAACCGUGAUGCCAUGUCAUGGGGGCCUGGACGGCAGAAUUCCCCUCGUUUGAAUGCGAACUCUACUGGGCCUUCAGCUCCUCGUGUUGGACUGCAUGACUACAAUCAGAGCCCUGGGGGCGACCAGAGGGUGGUGAACGGAGGUUCAUCCCAUUGGCCCUCACCCUGUCCAUCUCCUUCCUCCCGCCCCCUCCCUCGCUACCAGCCCGGCACCUCUUCUCUGCCUCCUCGGGCCAGCACGCCCACCAGGCCACCCUCCAGACCCCCCUCUCGACCUUCCAGGCCUCCCUCUCAUUCUUCCCACUCCUCCUAUCCCUCUUGCUCUUCUUCUUCCUCCUCGUCUCCCUUUCCCCUCCACGGGCCCUCGUCGCCAGCCUCCACUCUGCCCAAACGCAUGUCUUCAGAAGGUCCACCACGGAUGUCUCCGAAAUCCCAGAGGACUCCUCGUACUCACAGAGUGCCCCCCAGCAGGACUGCUGGGAUGCCGCCAGGGGUGGAUCUAAUUUCUCACAAUGCCGCUGGAGAGGUCCCAUUGGCUCCGUCCAACAGAGGCAACUCCUCGGGCGGAACUUGGUCUUCUGUUGUUAGUGGAGCUCACAGACCUCGCUCCCCACGUCAGAAUAGCAUUGGCGGAACCCCCCCUUCCUCGGCCUCUCUGUCUCAGACAGGAACAGCUCCCGCAGAUUCUUUUGCCACACCGACGUCCAUUUCCUCCCCUACUGCUGCGAGCCCUGCCCCCAGCAUGGGCUCCUCCUUGUCAGGAGAUGUUAAAGAAAAUCGUGUCCAGGAGACGAGACAAACAUCCCCCAAAGCUAACAAAGACACCAUGAAGGACAGUUCAGCCAGUAUCAACAGACCUGUGUGUAAAGGCCCCCCUUCUUUGGCACCUGACCACAGGAAACAAAUAGACAAUUUAAAGAAAUUUAGUGAAGAUUUUAGGUUGCAGUCUAGUUCCAACCCGGACCCUGCCUUUGACCACAUGAUCACCAAGCCUCCAAGAGACUCUGCGGACAAGCCUACAGAACUAGCCUCUUUGGACAAAGCUUCCGCGACAGGCCCCGAAGACCAUGGCGGAGCCUCCCCGUCCACGGGUGCUAUCAACACAAGCAAGCCCGGCAGCCCCGCUGCGCUGUCCCCUUCUCCUUCAGGCCUGGACCAGAAGAGAGUGGGGCUGGAUGUGACGUCGCAAGGGGUCCAGACAACAACAGUGUCUAAUUUUAGCGGGUCCAAGCAUGAAGAGGAGGACAAAAAGGAGGCGGUACAAGAUCAAAUAAAGAAGUCCACUUUAAACCCCAAUGCCAACGAGUUCAAGCCAAGGUUCAACACACAGCAACCCAAACCAGCCAACACCCCAACACCCCCGCGACCUCAGGGCCAGCCCAGCCCCUCCAUCGUGGUCCAGCAGCCACCCGCAGUCUACGGUCAGCCAGUGUGCUUCCCCCAGAUGUAUCCUCUCACCCCAGUUAGCCCCGGCGUACAGAAAAGCAUAAUAUGGAAGUCUCCAGCGAUGUACCAGGUCCAGAUGCCCCACAUGACCGUCAACCAGUCCAAACCUUACAGACCAGGUAAAGUGCCCAACAUGCCGCAGCAGAGGUCGGACCAGCACCACCCGCCCGGCACGCCCACCCUCAUGCACCCGGCCACAGCGGCCGGGCCGCCAAUCAUCACGCAGAGCCCUGCCUACUCUGCCCAGUACUUCACCUGCAGUCCUCAGCAGUUCCCCAGUCAGCAGCUGGUCCAGCAGAUGCCACACUACCAGUCUCAGGCACAGCACGUGUUCAGUCCUGUGAUGCAGGGAAGCGCCCGUAUGAUGGCGCCGCAUGCACACGGCCAGCCCGGCCUGGUGUCUUCUUCCGCCACUCAGUACCCAGAGCAGACGCACACCAUGUAUGGUAAGUCCCGCCUCCUACCAUGCCUGUUGACGACACAUCAUCUCACAGGCCGCCGCAGUUUUUUUAUUCUAUUUUUUUGGUCUUUAACCUACAUAGUGUCUCCUGGCCCCAUGCCGCAGCAGUACCCCCACCCAAGCGCCACCUUGCACCCCCACCCGCAGCACCCUCAGCCUUCCGCCACACCCACGGGCCAAGGCCAGCAAGGGGGGCCGCCUCAACACGGAGGCCCGCCUAACCACCCGGCCGCCGGCCCCGCGCAGCACCCUCAGGCAGCAGCAGCUGCCGUGGCCGCCGCCCAAGCGCUGCACCUGGCCAACCAAUCCCAGCAGCCCAUGUACUCUGCUCUGGCCCCUACGCCGCCCUCCAUGACGCCGGGCCCCAAUCCGCAAUCCCCGCAGGCGUCCUUUCCGUCGGCCCAGCAGACAGUCUACAUCCACCCGCAGCAGGUGCAGCACGGCUACAACCCUAACCACAUGGCACACGUGCAGCAGGCUCACAUGCAGUCGGGCAUGGUGGCGUCCCAUCACGCGGCAGCCGCCCACCCACCGAUGAUGCUGAUGGCGGCCCAGGGCCCGCCUGGGGGCCCGCAGCCUCCCAUGGCCCAGACAGCCCUCAACCACAUCCCAGUUUCUUCCACCACACCCUUCUCCUACCUGGCGCAUCCGCAAGUGCAACCACAUCACCAGCAGCAGCUGUAGACGGCAAACAGAGGGCGCCAGCCAGCGCAACCUCCAUUCAAGAAGAGAAUGAAGAGCGCUCCUUCCUCCUCCAUCCCUCUUUCUCUUCCUCUUCUCCCAUCCUCUUUCCUUCCUCAGUCAAGGCAAUAAGAGAAUGUUAACAGGUUGAUGAUGCAGUGACGUGUUUGAAGAGAAAACUAAUCUACGAAUUCAACUGGAACUUUGCAACUUGUGCUGGGGUGAAAAACAAAUGAGAGGGGGGGAAGCGACCCCUUUUGAACAGUAUUAAUUUUACUGUUCUACCGCCGCCACCGCUGCUGCUACAAGACUACAAGUCUAACCAGACUAAAAAACGGCCAGCGGCAGGGAACAUAGGAGUGUUUAUUUAUGAGAGAAAAAAAAAUAUGACAGUGAUCACAACCCACCUCUCACCUGACCGUAAUGUAACUUUUAAGUUAAACUUUUACUUUGUAGAUAAUAUAAAUAAUUGAAAAAAAAAAAAAGAGACAAAAAAAUUAUAAAAUAAAAAAAAGUUUUAAAAACUGAUAAGACUGCUGUUUUUCUUUGGAAGCCAAUCUUGCCAUGAAUCCUUUUUUCAUCUUUUAUUUUAUUCCGGGAAUAUUGAACACAUUUUUCCAUAGAAAAUUGACUUCAUGUAAUGUUACUUUUUCUCCUUAUAAACUGUUAAAAUGAAUUUGAAUAUUUAUUGGGAUUAGUUUUUUUCCUUAAUUUAAUGUAACUACUUGAGAGGCUCAUGUCUUUCAAAUUCUAAAUUUUGAAUCCUCUAAUGACUUCCUUCACAGUUUUUGUCAAAUUACAACUAUCCUUGCUUUACCACUUCUCUUAUGCAUUCCCCCCUCACUGUUUUGCAAUUUUCGCUUUAAAAUUUCAACUUUUAGUAUGAAACUUUAUUCCAAAUUUUUUUUUGUUUUUAAAAAAAAUAUUUUUAAGUGUUUACUCAUUGACUGCCAUUGAUGGCAAUAGAUGUCAAUCCAUUGUGAUUUUAGAAAAAAAUCAGGCAUAAGGAUUUUGCAAAUAUAUAAAACAUCAGAUCUAAAUGGAAAAAAAUCCUUUAAUAUCGUUCCUAAUAAGGGAAAAAAAGUAUCAGUGGCCUCAACCUGGAAAACCAUUCUAGUUUUGGGAGCAGUCUUAUUGUUGCCCCUCUGAUGCAACUGUUGUUGAUCAUAUUUACAACAACUCAGCUAAAAUUGAUUAACUACCCCCUCUGCUAUUGAUGAAUUCGCCUGAUCAAUAUCCCAGACAUUUGUCUGAUAGGUUGCUGUACUGAGAAUAAAAAAAAAUAUAUAUAAAAAAUAUAUAUGUGUCGGAAAACAGAAAACGAUGAAAAAGCAUUUUCUGCUCUUGCACCCCUCUUUAAAAUAAAGAAGGGUGUUUUUUAUAUUAAGCCAAAAGAACUGUUGUGUUUGAUAGAACAAUAUGUUUAUGUGCUGCCUUAGCAGUUUCAUGGCGCAUUAAGCCCCCAAACUAUUUUUAAUUCGUCCUUUUUACCCUGGAGACCCCUGUUUACAGACACCGCGCAACUGCUUUUGUUUCUACACAGCCAUAAAAAGGUAACAAUAUUUAUUUGAAAUGUGUAUCAUUUGUAGCUUAGAAUCAUUAAUUGAUGUCUAAUAUGUUUUUUAAAAAACUAUAAAAUUAUUCAGUCGCGUAUUUUA